AAUAUUUAUAAAAAUUGUUUUUUCUAAAAGUUUAUUAUAAUUUAGUAACGUAAUUCGUAAGAGCUUUGUUAGUACUUACGAGAAAUAUUUGCAAAUGAAGAAAAUAUGGGGGUCGGUCCUGUGUUUUUUCUUUUACUUGCAAUAGUUAGAACCACGUUAUCUUACAGAGAUUAUCCAGCCUCUCCAAUGCCUGAUUAUGAUUUAGAUGAUGAUACAAGAGAAUCAAGGUCACGUUCGCAAUAUUCUACACAAAAGUCACAGCAUGCUGAUGACGAUGAUGAUUAUGAAUAUGGCGACAAAGGCGAUGACUCCAAGCCACCAAAAGAUUUCUACGUUGAUGAUGCCAUUAUAUCCAAAUCUAUAAGGGAUAAAACUGACACGGAUUUAUACAACGAACCAGAAAUGGAGCAACAAAGCAGAAGACGAAAGACGAUAAGACAUAAAAAUACUAAGUUAGAUUACGAAGAUGACGAUAGAGAAAUGAAAUACAAUCAUAAAUUCGUAGAAACGGUUAAGAGCCGCAAUCGUCACAAUGAAGAUUAUAUCGAUAAAGAAGAUUAUCAUUUAAAUGAUGACGACUACAAGGAAAACGAUGAAAAGGAAAGAAUACGAUACAAAAGUACAGAAUUUAAUAAAAGCAAGCCUAGACGAAAACCGAGAGAUAGACCUACAAAGGUGAUAAUAGGAGAUAACGAACAUGCUCAGAGUAACAAUGAGAAAAGUAUGAGACGGAAAACUAGAAAAGAUUCAAUACAAGAAAAGUCUGACAAAGAAGCCAUGGCAAAAGCAAUGUUAGCAGAAACAUUUGAUGAUAUAAAAAAGGUCAAUAGUUUCAAGGACAAUCUUCCACUUGUAAUAAGGCAACCAGUAAACAUGACGGAGUUUUCAAGUCCUAGUUAUUCAGACGUUUUACCAUAUCGACGGGUGGACAAAGUAGACGACACUACUCCAACAUUUAAUGUUUCUGACACACUAAGUUUAGCGGUUAACAACGUUACUUUGAAAACGAAAGCGGCAAACAAAACUGAGCUAUCUCUAGCAGAAAGAUCACGUUUAUCUAUCCUCAAAAAGGUUCUUAAAAAGGAGAAUUCUAACGUUACACAGGCUACCAAACCACCGAUUCUGAUGCAAGUAACUAAUAACAUGCAAACAGUUGUAUUAGUGGAGUCGAAUAAUCUAGAUAACGAUAGAAAGAAAGCUAGACGGGUCAUGGAUGACAACCCCGAAACGAUUAAAAGAGCUAAGCAUUUGAUGCGACAAAAGUUAGUGGCUAAUGCGAGAAGAAUUGAAGAUCUCACUGACAAUUGGGAUGAACUGGUCUGUGACUAUAUCGACGUGAAUCUUCUGAAUUCUGCAUCUUCAACAAAUAUUUGUUAUGUUUUGUGUUGUAUGAAAUUAAUUGUGUCUUUGGUGUUUAAUGUUUAA